AAGGUUUCCACUUAGGCAAGGAUAGGAACGACAGGGUGGCGCUCGUGGCGCACGCGGCUAGCCAGCCGCUAUUUGGAGGGUGCUACUGGCUGCUGUGGACACCGAAUGGGCCAGGGCUGUUCCUCAGGCUGCAUCUCCGAGCCGCGACUUCACUGUGCCUGUGCAGAUGGCAGCCUUUGUGGUUCUCACGAUGAGGUGAUUGUGGGCUCCGAUGACAUGAUGCGCGGAGUACUGCGCUACCGCGCAAGCGGCAGCCGGUCUUUGCCGGAGGAUUUCCAGACAGAGGCUGGUCCGGGUUGCUAUUUGGGCAUUUGCUCUCUUGGCGCAGUGGUCCGAACUCUCCACGUCCCAACCAACUCUGAAUGUGCUUUGAAGCGCAUCAGCAAGAAGUUGCUUUGCGGUCCUGCAUGGAGAUCAGAUGUGGAGAAGCUGCAAGACUUGGACCACCCACACAUUUGCAGGACCUUCGACGUCUUCGAGGAUUCCGCGAGUGUGUACAUUGUCAUGGAGCUGUGCCGCGGGGGAAAUCUGAACAACCUGGCGCAACUGAGCGGACAUGCUCUGUCAGAGGCCAAUGUGGCCGUGUUUGUCUACCAGAUGGUUCAGGCCGUCACACAUCUGCACAGUCUGGGAGUAGUGCAUUGCGAUAUGUGUCCAGAGAAUUGGCUGAUUGAAAAGUCUUUGAACACAACAACCCCGCCCAGCGAAGUGAAACUGAAGAUGAUAGACUUUGGUCUGUCGAGCAAGUACGGGCGAGAGUCACCGCGGAACCCUGCAAGAUACAUGUAUCCCAAUGUGAAUGCAGGCAAUUCCAGUGUGGAACGACGACUCUCACGGGUUUCCAACACUUCCAGCACUCAGACAUCGCGGUCAGGACGAAGUCGGAAGAGCAGCAAGGGCGAGAAUAAGAAACCACUCUCUGCUUCCAAGUUGUUUUGCCAGGCACCUGAGCAGCUGGACCCCCCGGUGAAGCCUAGCCCAGCGAUGGAUAUUUGGGCAAUAGGUGUCCUUUCCCACUUCUUGCUGUUGGGCACCUCCCCAUUCGAACCCUCCAAAGGAGUGACGAACCCAGCUGACAACUUGGCCUUCAGGAAUGCUCGUUAUGUUUUUAUGCCUGCAGAGGUCUGGCGGCACAUCUCCAACGAUGCGAAGAGCUUCAUCGCUUUGUGUCUAGAAAGAGAGCCGGAGAGUCGGCCGACUGCAAAGAUGCUGUUGUCGAUGCCUUGGAUGCGCAUGGCGCGGUCUAUGUUGGAGGGGACAGCUUUGACGAUGCCCAUGACGAUGCCCGAAAAGGAGGAGGACUUGAAUUCUAUCCCCGCGCUGUCGAGUAUGGACACCUCCUCCACCCCAAGGUCCAGGAGCAUGGAGAUAUCCGGGCCGGCCUGGCAGAUCGCACAGAUGAACCUGCUGCGCUUCAGGGAGUACCAGGCCCUUGAGAGGGAUAUUAUCAUUUCUGUGGCGCACGAGGUGCACCCCCAUAACCUGGAGACGUUGAGAGACGCGGUGAAGACGAAGGAUCUUGACGGCUGCGGCUUUGUCUUGUGGGUGGUGCUCAUGUCCUGCGUGAGGCAGUGUGGUGCGAGCCUGGCAGACAUGGACCUUGAAAUCCCAGAGCUCGCUGAGGGUUGGGUAAACUACAACGACUUCAUGGCAGAUUUGGUCUUGUUCCAGAAGAACAUGCAGGAAUCUUCCAUGUGGUUUGUAUUCUCUUGCUUCGAUGCCAAUGGCAGAGGUGAGGCAGAUCGCCGACAGAUCCACCGGGAUCUGGGUAAUGGCAAAGCCCUUCUUCAUCAGUGUGUUGCAACAAAUUUCCCGGGCGUUUCCAUUGACACUGUCCGGCAGACCAUCGGGCAGGCAUCUGGAAGAGUGAAGUUCGAGGAGCCUGGUUGGGUUGGGUUGUGGCAGAGGCAAAGCUGGAGCUCAGUCAAGAAGGUUUUCUGAAGGAAUCGGCGAAGGAAUCAGCGAACACAGCUUUUGGAUGCUCUUCGCGCAGAACGGUGUUCAACCGUUUGGCAGAAUGGUGCUCGGACACUGGCGUACUGAACUCACAAUUUGAUAAAGGAUGAUAUUGGUGGUUAGACUUAGCGAAGCUUAGAUUCUUAGAUGACACUUUUUUGGAAGACAGUGUGCAGUUCCAGCGCUCCAAAAAGAACCCAGGAACUGUUCGAUGCUUUGCACUCUGCCGCGUAUGAGGGCAAGACUAGCAAAGACAAGCCUUUCUCCCAGCGCUUUUGAGAUGCUUCCAGCGUCGCGCCAACCCACAGCCAGAGCCACUCAUGCCGGGCUUCUUCCCAACAAACGGUCUUUAGCC